AUGAAUUUUCAAUCUCUUCAAGACAGGCAAGAGCUAAUCGAAGAAAUAUUUGAUGAACUUGAAGAGCUUAUACUUGGGAGGAGAAAUGGCUCUACAGAUGAAAUAGAAGAUUUACUUUCAAACAUGAAUAAUAAUUUCUUAACUACCGGACCAAAUAAUAAAUUCUCAAACUUGCCAAGAACAACUAAGGAAUGGAGUUCUCUUUCUCCAGAAGAGAAAAAUAAAAUCCGCUCUCGACUUUUGGAAUUAUUGGAAGAAAAGAAAGCUCAGCUAACCAUUGAAAUCUCAAACCUAGAUAGAAUUGUUCAAGAAAAUGCAGUUGAACGAUGA